ACCAGCAAGCGUUGGACUUCGAAAGGCUGUCGUUGUUAAACAACGAAAUGGCAGAUCGCAUUGAAGAGCUGGAGGCCACUCAAACCUCGCUGGUUGAGGUUAACGAUGAGAAUCUCGAAAAUUCAAAGUUCCAGCAGACCUCCCUGCACAGCAGAGAGCUCCAAAAGUGCGAGGCUCAAAUCAUGGAGUUGCAGGAAACAAUCAAAAGCUUGCAGAACAAGCUGAAGGAUCAAGGUCAAGCCUUGCAGGCUGAGCAGGAAAAGCUACUUAAGGCCACCCAUCAAAGUCUGGGGCUAAAAACCGAAUUAGAUGGCGAAAAAGAGCGCCAUCAGGCCGAAAUAGCUGCCCUCAAAACUGCACUUAAACAUAGGGACAGAGCAUCGAGUGCUGAGCAAGCGAAAAUGCAAAGUCUUGUGGCUGAAAUUGAUGAGCUUAGAAAGCUUAAUUCCAGCCUCAAGGAUGGGAAGAAGCAGAUGGGCUAUCAGUUGGCAGCUACUAAGGAAAAGUUCGAAGAGGAAAUAAAGAAGCAAAUGGAUACGGUAAUGAAUAAGAUGUUCGCCCUGCAAGAGGACCUUAAAGAAAAGGAAACCAAGCUGAUUGCUCUCGAGCGCGAGAAGGAUGCCAUCAUAAAGCAGCUGAAGACCCAAAUGAACAAAAUUUGCAGUACCACGCAGCCAAUAGUUGCCUCAACUAUAGCCAAGUCGCCGCAGCCCACGAAGUACUCAAAGAGGCUGCUAAGAAUGCCCACUGUCAAUAAGCCUUUGAGCCCCUCCAAGAAGCGAAAUGCCAAAAUACACAUAUAUUCGUCGGAUGAUGAAAGCGAGGAUGAUGUACCGAUAAAAAUGCUAUUUACCAAACGUAAAAAUUUGGCUGUGGUGCAGCCCCAAAUCGAUGUGUUCGACGCUUUAAAGAAGGGUCACUAAAUAACUAGGAAGAAGUAGCUACAGAUUACCAUGAAUA